AUGGACUGUGAAUCUAGUAUCCAUGAUCGCUUGGAGCGCAUGCUACUCGAUGCAAGGCCAGAACCAAUAGACCUGCCACUAUCAUUUCUAAAAGCAAUCACGAAUGAUUUCUCUGAUGAUCAGCAUAUUGGCAAAGGUGGGUUUGCAGUUGUUUACAAGGGACAACUUCAGAAUGGGACCCUUGUGGCUGUGAAGAAGCUGUCCCAAGGGGUUGAAAUGGAUGAGGACAAGUUCAUCAAAGAGGUUGAUUGUCUGAUGAGGGUGAAGCAUAGAAAUAUAGUACGAUUCCUCGGAUACUGCGCUGACACACAAGGGAAAUGUUUAAAAUACGAGGGGAAGAAUGUCAUGGCAGAGGAACGUGAAAGGUUGCUCUGCUUUGAGUUUCUGCCAAAUAAGAGUCUUGAUAAGUAUAUCAACGAUGCAUCUCAGGAGCUUGAAUGGAGAACACGCUAUCGAAUAAUUAAGGGAAUUUGCGAGGGCUUACAUUAUCUUCACCAGGAAUUUAUUCUUCAUUUAGAUCUCAAACCUGCAAAUAUAUUGUUGAAUAAAGACAUGGUGCCAAAAAUUGCUGACUUUGGUCUCUCAAGGUGCUUUGAUGAAAAUAAAAGCCAAACUAUUACUGCACAAGCGGCUGGAACACUGGGAUAUAUGGCACCAGAACUAUUACAUGAUAGACGAAUCACGUUCAAGUCAGACAUAUAUAGUCUUGGUAUUAUAAUCUUGGAGAUAUUAACAGGACAGAGGUAUUCUGCCAUUGGGGAUGUAACAAGUUUAAACAAUCACUCAAAGACACAUUCCAUCUGGCCCCCUGAGAUUGACAAGCUCCUGGACGUUCACCCGUUGGAGCUCCGGUUCCCCUUCGAGCCAAACAAGCGUAUCCAAUGCCCUGUGAGCCUGACCAACAAGACAAACCGUUACGUUGGCGUUUGGAUUACACCAACCAGCUGCGCAGAUACGCGCUUCGACCUUUGUUUCCCAGACUCAUGGGAUCACGACUCUGAGGAAGAUGACGAGUCGCAAGAGGAGGAUUACGACUCGGAUGAGUGGGAAGAGGUUGAGUAUCUUGACGAGGAGGAAAAAUCUGAGGUGGGCGAGUCUCCGGAGGGGGGGCAGUCUCCAAAGGACCCGUGCUCAUACUUUUUCCAGAUCUUGGAGCCACAUUCCACUUUGGUCGUGGCUAUGACAAUGAAGGAGCAAGAUGAACCUCCGCUGCCGCCACAGGACAUGGGCAAGUUUGAGGUGGUGAUGAUCAUCAUGUGGUCGGAGCAGGACCUUAAAGAUUUAGAAUCGUCCAUUCGAAACAAGAUGAAUAUGGACAACGAUUUAUUGAAGCAAGUCGAGGAGUUGGGUGGCAAGGUGCAUCCGGCGGCAAUGCUAACGGCGGCUGUCAUAUGUGACCCAGCAAGCUGCCAGGCAACCAUGACCAAGCAGAUCAUGUCAACAGGGGAGUUCGGGGAGCCCUUACUCGUAGAUGUGCACCCCACAAAUUCAUGGAUUUUGGCUGUACAUCUAGAUUAUGUUUGUAUUUGGAACUACCAGACACAGGAAAGAGUGAUGGAGUUGCAGGUCAUCAAGAAUGACACAUGUAUAAUUUCUGCCAUAAAAUUUAUCUCUCGAAAACAAUGGUUCGCGGCCGGGGAUGAUCGCGGAUACAUCCAUGUUUAUGAUUACACUACAAAGGACAUGGUCAUUAAACUCAGAGCUCACCGUGGUAACGAUGUUAGCUGGUUGGCUGUUCAUGCAACAUACCCCUUUUUGCUGUCAUCGUCUGGGGGAAACCAAUCCUCGAUCAGGCUUUGGAACUGGGAUGAGGAUUGGGUCUGCACUCGAACAUUCGACGGACACACAAGGGGCGUGCAGCGUAUCAUGUUUAACCCAAGGAACAUCAACUCUUUUGCUAGUGUUUCUGACGACGACACAAUAAAGGUCUGGGACAUUCAUUCAUCCGAUCCUGAAACCACUUUGGCAUCGUUGGAUGCGUACAGCGUCGAUUUUGUUUUCACUGAUAGUCAUCGGCCUCUCCAGCUGGUUACUUGUGACAAGCAGGCCGGGUGUGCAUGUAUAUGGGAUGUGCAGACAAGGAAACGUGUUCACAGGCUUGCCAUGCGUGGCAUGAGCAUGGAUCUCGUUGCUUGUCACCCAAAGCUUCCAUUGUUGGUGACCACGUGGAAAAGGACUCUUUGCUUAUGGGACGCCAAUACCUACAGGAGCAUCGCAGUGCAGUGCACACCAUUGCUUAAUUUUAUAUGCAUAGAUAACUGCAAGAUUGAGAAUUAUGGAGGUCAACAUAGAAUAGCAGAUACUGGAUUCAUAAAUCCUCAGUGCGUGGAUGGUCUCUAUGUGGGAGAAUAUGGUUACCAUGGACAUGAAGUUGUAAAACUCAGUCGGAAGUUCGGUAAGUGGAACAUAACUGAUGAGGAGUCUUUUGAGUAUGUCGAAGCAAUAAAAUUGACUGGUGACGUCAAUGUCCCUGCUGGCAAGAUUGAGAGUUAUAAAGGUCAGGGUAGAAUAGCAGAUACAGGAUUCAUAAAUCCCCAAUGGGUGGAUGGUGAGCUAUUGGUGUUCAAUGGCAAGAGUAAGGUUGGUUUCGUGUGGAAUUUUCCCAAGCCGGUUUUCAUCAUUCUCUACUUCUCUUUGACCCAUUUAAUUUGCCAAAGUGAUGAGACUCUGUCAAAGUGUGUUGAUAAUUUCUCAGAGAACACCUCUGAGGGUAGUCCAAACCCAUAG